AUGAAAUGUAUGGAUAAUUGGCCUCCAGAAUAUCGAACGCCAUCUGGACAAGAGCGUGCUCAUGAUUAUUUAUUGAAGAGUAUUAUGGGAGUCCAGUAUGAUCCAACUCGAAUUUCAUGUGGAGGGUUCUUUUAUAUACAUGGAGAACUAGUAUAUAAUUGUACUUGGUUGAACAUGAGAGAUCAACAAGGUGCUAGGAGUGAUGGAAAGAAGGCGUUAAGCCAUCCCGAAAAACUAUUGGUCGAUUAUUGCUUCAAUCAAUAUAAAGAAUAUGGUAAACAUCAUGUCUUUCAAAUAUCAUCAGCUCUUGACGAAGCACUAUUAAGCGAAACUCAAUCGAGUUCAGGUAUAAUUGGGUUCGUCGCCAUCCAAAAGACAUAUCUUAGCUCAUGAUUUUGCUUUUUAAUCUUUCAAGUUCUUUUUCUUUUUUGAUUGAUAUCCACAAUAACAAAAUCUUAAAAAAAUAUAUUCAUAAUACGGGUA